AUGCGAGAAGUAACUGUUAACGGAUACGAGGAAGUAACCAAAGCGAUCUCGUCCGCGAAUGGUCGAGUCUUCGUUCUGUUCACAGGAUCGAAAAUUGACGGAAAAAGUUGGUGUCCCGAUUGUGUUUCUGCUGAGCCGUUCAUAGAGUCAGUGACACACAAAGAAGACGUUAAGUCACUCGAUGCUACAUUUAUAACUUGUUUCGUUGGAGCAAGAGAUUAUUGGAAAGACCCUAAGUGCCCAUUCCGAACGGAUCCAACGUACAAGCUCACCUGCAUACCUACUUUGAUCGAGUGUGGAAAAAAGGCAAGAAAUACUACGUUCAUAAGAAGUUUUGGAAACGUUUUAUAUUUCUUCACUGAGGAUUCUUCCUCACCCAAGGAUUGUUAG